UUAAUAUACGAGUGUGACUAUUAAGAUAAUUAACUCUGUUUUGCUCCUUACCACAGUCUAAAACCCAAAAUUUCAGUCAAAAGGGAUACAAAAUCUCGAUACACUUUCUGUUCAAGAAGAUAAUCUAUGUUUUGGCGAGCUCAUCACAUCUCCAUCUUCUUCCUCCAGCAAAAUUCAUCCAAAAAGUUUCUGUCUUUGCCUUGCUUCUUGCUGUAUUCUUGAAACCCCACAUUGAUUCUGCAGGGAGAUUUGAGUUGUUCAAGUAUAAUCCAUGUGGGGCUAUUAGAUAUCAGUAUGAGUUUGACUUUUUCAAUAAUCAAAUAAAGGAGAAUGGCAGGUCUUUUUUCGAACAAUUAGAAGAGAGAUUCAAAAAAGUGUAGCACAAUAUGUAUCGCCCUGUGCCUAUUACUACCCGAGGUGGGGAACCUACAGAUAGUGGAGAUCCUGUGGUGACGUUGGACCAAGUUCCACGUUGGAGUAAUGCGGAAUUUAGGUAUGCACAUGAGAAUGAAGAUCCUACUAAUUCAUGCUUUCCGGACCCCUUGGCAUCUGCUUCUGGGUCUGAAUUUAAUGGUAGUGGCAUAGUUUCCAAGUUUCCCAUGGAUCAUGAGAUUAACUCCAAGAUAUACUUGUGGAGAGGCGACCCCUGGAAUCUCGAGGUAGAUGCUGUUGUUAACUCUACUAAUGAGAACUUAGACGAAGCUCACAGCAGCCCAGGAUUGCAUGCUUCAGCUGGACCUGGUCUUGCAGAAGAGUGUGCCACAUUGGGAGGCUGCCGGACAGGAAUGGCAAAAGUUACAAAUGCUUAUGAUCUUCCUGCUAGGAGGGUCAUACAUACUGUUGGUCCCAAGUAUGCUGUAAAAUACCAUAUUGCUGCAGAGAAUGCGCUAAGCCAUUGCUAUCGCUCUUGCUUUGAGCUUCUUAUAGAAAAUGGGCUGAAGAGCAUUGCUAUGGACUGUAUAUAUACAGAAGCGAAAAGUUACCCACGAGAACCAGCUGCUCAUGUGGCAAUAAGAACUGUAAGGCGGUUCAUUGAGAAACAGAAAGAUAAAGUAGAGGCAAUUGUUUUCUGUACUACUACAUCACAAGAUACGGAGAUUUAUAAAAGAUUGCUUCCACUCUAUUUUCCUCGGGAUAAGCAUGAGGAGGAAGUUGCCCUUCUAAAACUUCCUGCAGAUGUUGGGGAUGAAAAUGGGGAGACAACUAUAGAUGAGCGUAAAAUUAGGAUAAAACCGUUACCAAAUGUCAAAAAGUCCAAUCCAAGGAUUUCCCAGGCCUCUGUUGAUUUGUCUGUCAGUAAUGUUGGUUUGACCAGUAGGAGUUCAUCCUAUUUGGAUGCUUUUCUGGAUCCUGCUUUUAUGUCCCUGAUCAAGGACCCAGAUCAGCGACGGAAAGAACAAUGGGAAAAAACUGCCCAAGCUCAAACUAGCUGGAACUUCUUUAAAAUGUUUGGAUAUGGUGACGUCGCAGGACCUCCUUUGUCAGCUGCAGAAGAAUACUCGCUUCAUUCUAGAUAUAUUGCAAAAGCAAAUACUCUGAAUUUUUCAGAAAUUGCAGAAAUGAAAAUUGUCUACCGAGGAGGGGUUGACAGUGAAGGCCGUCCAGUAAUGGUUGUUGUGGGGGCACAUUUCCUGCUAAGAUGUCUUGAUCUGGAGAGAUUUAUUAUCCAUGUUGUAAAGGAAUUUGAACCAUUGAUACAGAAACCUUACUCUAUUGUGUACUUCCAUUCUGCUGCAACUCUACAGAUGCAACCAGAUCUAGGAUUAAUGAAGAGGAUACAACAAAUUCUUGGUCGCAAGCACCGGCACAACCUUCAUGCGAUAUAUGUUCUUCACCCUACUUUUGGACUGAAGAGUGCAGUUUUUGGUUUACAACUCUGUGUGGAUAAUGUGGUAUGGAAGAAAAUAGUAUAUGUAGAUCGUCUUCUGCAAUUAUUCCGCUAUGUUCCUCGUGAGCAGCUGACUAUUCCAGAUUUUGUUUUCCAGCAUGAUUUGGAAGUAAAUGGAGGGAAGGGCCUAAUUGUGGAUCCUAGAACCAAGUAUGUUUAUCAGAGACCAUAGUCUCAAAACUUCAUCCGAUAAAAGAAGAAAAUAGACGCUGUAGUAAGAUUGUGGAAUUUAAAUUUGUUUGUACAGAGGCUGUAAUUGUUUUGUGCAAUAUUAGCAGUGUAUUUAGCUAACUUUGUCUGUAAUUUGAUUUAUUUAUGCAACCAUAUGUCCAGUCCUGUGCUAGCUAAUGGCAAUAAAUUUCUUUGUUUCUGCAACA